GCCUGGUGGUGGUGGUGGUGACCACAGAACUGACCUAGGGGUCCCGCUCUCUCCCCUUCUCAGCACCAGCAGACACCAUGUGGCUCAAGGUUCGCACCAUGGACGGGAAAGAGGCCCAUAUUGUGAGCUCCCUGUCCAGGCUGACCAAGGUGGAAGAGCUGAGGAAGAAGAUUGAGGAGCUUUUCAACGUGGAGCCAGGCCUGCAGAGGCUUUUCUACAGGGGCAAGCAGAUGGAGGACGGCCACACUCUGUUUGACUAUGACGUUCGCAUCAAUGACACCAUCCAGCUCCUGGUCCGGCAGAGCCUGGUGCUGCCCCCCGGCAGCUGCAGCAGCAGCAGCAGCAGCAGCAAGGAGCGGGACUCGGAGCUCUCGGACACGGACUCCGGCUGCUGCCUGGGCCAGGGCGAGUCCGACAAGUCCUCCAACAGCGGCGAGGCCGCCAACGAGGCAGAAGGGAAGGCGGAUGAAGACGUGUGGGACGAGACGGAGCUGGGCCUGUACAAGGUCGGCGAGUAUGUGGAUGCGCGGGACACAAACUCAGGCGCGUGGUUCGAGGCCCAGGUGGUCAGGGUGACGAGGAAGGUGCCGUCCGAGGACGAACCCUGCAGCUCCACCUCCAGCUUGCUGCCCAAGGACGACGUUGUCUAUCACGUGAAAUAUGACGACUACCCGGAGGACGGCGUGGUCCAGAUGAGCUCGCGGGACGUCCGGGCUCGCGCCCGACACAUCCUCAAGUGGCAGGAGCUGGAGGUGGGCCAGGUGGUGAUGCUCAACUACAACCCCGACAACCCCAAGGACCGCGGCUUCUGGUACGACGCGGAGAUCCUGCGCAAGCGCGAGACGCGGACGGUGCGGGAGCUGCACGCCAACGUCAGGAUGGGGGAUCACUCUAUCGAUGACUGUCGGAUCGCCUUUGUGGACGAAAUUUUCAAGAUUGAGCGCCCAGGCGAGGGGAGCCCCGUGGUGGAAAACCCGAUGAGAAGGAAGAGCGGGCCCUCCUGCAAGCAUUGCAAGGACGACGAGAAGAAGCCGUGCCGCAUGUGCGCCUGCCACCUGUGCGGGGGCAAGCAGGACCCUGACAAGCAGCUCCUGUGCGACGAGUGCGACAUGGCCUUCCACACGUACUGCCUGUGCCCGCCCUUGUCCAGCGUCCCCAGCGAGGAGGAGUGGUACUGCCCCGAGUGCCGGAUCGACUCCAGUGAGGUGGUGCAGGCAGGGGAGAAGCUGAAGGAGAGUAAGAAGAAGGCAAAGAUGGCGUCGGCCACAUCGUCCUCGCAGCGGGACUGGGGCAAGGGCAUGGCGUGCGUGGGCCGCACUAAGGAGUGCACCAUCGUGCCAUCCAACCACUACGGACCCAUCCCAGGCAUCCCCGUGGGCACCAUGUGGAGGUUCAGAGUCCAGGUCAGUGAGUCGGGGGUCCAUCGACCUCACGUGGCAGGCAUCCACGGCCGGAGCAACGACGGGGCAUACUCUCUGGUCCUGGCUGGGGGCUAUGAGGAUGACGUGGACCACGGGAACUCGUUCACGUACACAGGCAGCGGUGGGCGAGAUCUUUCCGGCAACAAGAGGACUGCAGAACAGUCUUGUGAUCAAAAACUCACCAACACCAACAGGGCGCUGGCUCUGAACUGCAGUGCUCCCAUCAACGACCGCAAAGGGGCCGAGGCCAAGGACUGGAGGGCGGGGAAGCCGGUCCGGGUGGUGCGCAACGUCAAGGGCCGCAAGCACAGCAAGUACGCCCCAGCUGAGGGCAACCGAUACGACGGCAUCUACAAGGUGGUGCGGUACUGGCCCGAGAAGGGGAAGUCCGGCUUCCUGGUGUGGCGCUUCCUCCUGCGCAGGGACGAUGUCGAGCCUGGACCCUGGACCAAGGAGGGCAAGGACCGGAUCAAGAAGCUGGGGCUGACCAUGCAGUACCCAGAAGGCUACCUGGAGGCCCUUGCCCGGAGGCAGAAGGAAAAGGAGAACAACAAGAAGGCUGCCCCGGAGGAGGAGGAGGAGGAGGCGGAGGAGGAGGAGGAAGGCUUCACGUCCCCCAGGAAGGGCAAGCGGAAGAGCAAGUCGGCCGGAGGCAGCCGGGCCAGCAGCGGGUCCCUGCGAGAGACGCCCAAGAAGACCAGGGUGGAGCCCUACAGCCUCACCAGCCAGCAGAGCAGCCUCAUCAAGGAGGACAAGAGCAACACGAAGCUGUGGACCGAGAUCCUGAAGUCGCUCAAGGACGGGCCGAAAUUCCUGAGCAAAGUGGAAGAAACGUUCCUGUGUAUUUGCUGCCAGGAGCUGGUGUUCCGCCCUAUUACGACCGUAUGUCAGCAUAACGUGUGCAAGGAUUGCCUGGACAGAUCCUUCAAGGCCCAGGUGUUCAGCUGCCCGGCCUGCCGCUAUGACCUUGGCCGGAGCUACGCCAUGCAGGUGAACCAGCCGCUGCAGGCGGCCCUCAACGCGCUCUUCCCGGGCUACGGCAACGGACGGUGAUGCUCAAGCACUUCUCGCCGGGCGUUUUUAAAAAAACGUAUCAGAGGGGUCUUUGGCCCCUGUUUUGUUUUUAGUGGGCUUAACUUAAACAUGUAGUUUUUCCUCCACUCCCUAAAAAGCCUCGUCUUCCCGGUUUUGUUUUGUUUCGUUUUGUUUUAAUCUAUAAAUUUUCAGGAAUUUGUAUUAUGCCUCAAAGGAAGAAAGUUGGACUUCUCAAUGUUUUUAUCUUGGUUUUAUAAAAAGUACAAAGCCUGCAAUUUUAUCAGCCAAAAAGGAAAACAAAGAACUCAUAUUUUUUUCUUCUGAGGAUGGAAUUAGAAACGACUUGGCGUGAAGGCUGCUGAAGUUGCCAGUGUCAAGGUCUUAGACGUUCCUGCCCCGCUGCUGCCUAGAACAAUCUUCCCAAGGUUGGUGGGUUUGGCCCCGAAGGUGAAAUUUGUCGCCUAGAACCCAGCAAGGUGGUAUCUGGCGGUGGCCCUGGGGGUGGUGUGGCCCCGCCAGGAAACUGGAAAAGCAGAGAAGGCCAGUCGGGACCCAGUUGAAACUCCCCUCCAAGCCAUCCCCCGGCGCUCUGCUCCUGCGUCCCGGUCCCUACCGAGCGCACAGGCCCCCGGCCACCCGGGCUGAGAGUCGGGGCCACACCGAAGCUACCUCCACUAGACUCUCUGCUCCUCCAUCUGGACGCCACGGAAGCAAACGCACGGGGCCACAUUCAAGUGCCUUUGGUUCCUCCUUACUUUUCAGACGCGGGGCUCUUUUUCUUAGCACUGAAUCGUCGACAAUGCCAACCAGAUUCUAAAACUGUGGUCUGCCAGCACCUUCCUGGGGGCCCUGGGGGUGUGAGUGGGGACCGUCUGAGUUUUGUCGAUCCUUGAAAUUGAAUUUUCAACCCACCAAUUGGGAAUUACAAGAGGGACUUUUUUUUUUUAAUAAACACUUUUUUGAAAUGAAAUUUUUUUGUAGUUACUGUAUAUGUACCAAGAAAUCUAAUAACUUAGGGUUUGGUUGUAUUUUUGAGGGGGGGAGUUUUGUAUUUUUUGGAAUUUGUUAAUUUUCUUAACUUUACCAAAGUUUGCAGCUUAUACCUCAACAGAACAGGGAUAUUUUAAAUCACACAACUGCAGGCAGACAGGAACAAUACUGUUUUAAAGGUGUCUCUUUCCCCUCGUUCUUAGGUUGUUAAUGUAUUAGGAAGAAACCGCAAAAUCCUGUGUAGGCUUUUUCUAAGAAGUUCAAUAUUUUCUGUCCAGAUUUUAGAUUCUCAGAAUAAAUGCCUUUUACAGAUG